AUGUUCCUGGUACCAGGUACCAAAUGGUGUGGGAAAGGUUACUCAGCCGACAAGUAUACCAGAUUAGGAGGCUUCUCCAGAACAGAUAGGUGCUGUAGAAAACACGAUCUGGCAUGCCCUUUUUGGAUAGGAGCUUUCGAGACCAAGUAUGGGCUCUUCAACUGGAGGAUGAACACUCUAAUGCACUGCAACUGCGACGACCGGUAA